AUGUCUUCCUCACCCAGUGAUAAUACCGUUACUCAACAUCCUUUACAGGAUGUUGAUCUAAAUGACUCAACGUCUGAUUUAGCCGAUGGCUCCAAAAAUGUGAAUAAAAAAGAAAAUUGGGUUAAAUUUGAUGACGACGUCAAUGAAGGUAUUUUAGGUACCAGUGAAAACAACAAUAACAAUAGAAAUGAGUUGACAGCGAUCGCUGCCACUACAAACAGGUUAACACCACCACCAACAAAUCCAAAGAGACAAUCAACAGCAGCAGUUGGGGGAGCAGCAACACGUUCUCUUACUCCAACUUUAGAGAGUAGUCAACAACAGCUGCAUGCUUCCACACAAUUGGAUGUAACAGCUGCAACACCUGUGCAGUUAUUUUUAGCUAAUGGUGACGUCAUAGUUACUUUAUUACCCGCUAAUACCAAAUUCCCCUGGGUAACACCGGCCAUCUUUAGGCCAGAAUUAGUGCCAGAAGAAUUAAUGGCACAAGGUCUAACACUCACCGUCGAGGAAUAUGUACAAGCUAUGGAAACUCUGGUUAAUGAUUAUCGCUUUACCAUGUAUAAUAUUUGCUAUAAACGCAUUUUAGUCUGUUGGAUUCUAUUCGCUUUCUCGGUUCUGCUGACUUUACUCUUCUCGGGUCUGCAAGGUGUGGCCUUAUUUUCUCUGGGUGUAGGUUGGCUUUUCCUUAAUGCAGCCGCUAUAUUCCUUUGUAUGUGGGUGAAAUUGCGUUUGGCACGCGGUCUAGAGAAAUGUUUGGCACGUGUCAAUAAACAAUUGAUUAAGCACAAAAUCCUUUUGAUAUUAGACGAUCGUGGUCGUAUAUCGUGUCAUAAAGUUAAUUUAUGUUUCCUAUACUUUGAUUCGGCUCCUUGUGUUAGUUUUCUAAAUGAAUUCCUUGAGCAUACCGAACAAAAUGGUGGUGAAGCUAUUAAGGCUGGCUGGGAGGCCAAUUUGGAUAUAGAUGUUAAUGAUAUUGUUAUACAAGGUUCAAAUCCAGUGCGUUUGUCUAGGAAACAGGAACGUGGUGUACAAUUAUUUUUACGUUAUGCCUCACGUUGGGGUCGUGAUGCUAUACGUGGUCUGGUCGAUGUUACCCCCUUGGAGCCGGGACGUCAUUGUGGACAAUUUCAAUGCCCCUGUCAAUACAUCAAAGAUCAUUUGCAGUGUAAACCAAGAGGUUAUCCUUGUGGUUGUAUUGCCUAUGCCUCGGAUCCUCAAUUUCAAAAUCGUUAUUAAAUUUUUUACAAUUUUUUUCACAUUUUUACUGUUUUUUUUAAUUAUUUAAUAAAAAUUUUUUCUAUUUUACA